AUGACGCUGGCGACGAGCAACGCUCAGAGUGGACACCUAGGCUCUACAGCCCAGAGUGGGCACUUAGGCUCUACAGCCCAGAGUGGGCACCUAGGUUCUACAGCCCCGAGUGGACACAUAGGAUCUACAGCCCAGAGUGGACACCUAGGUUCUUCAGCACACAGUGGACACCAAGGCUCUACAGCCCAGAGUGGAGACCUAGGCUCUACAGCCCAGAGUGGACACCUAGGCUCUACAGCCCAGAGUGGACACCUAGGUUCUACAGCCCAGAGUGGACACCAAGGCUCUACAGCCCAGAGUGGACACCUAGGUUCUUCAGCCCACAGUGGACACCAAGACUCUACAGCUCAGAGUGGACACCUAGGUUCUACAGCCCAGAGUGGACACCUAGGCUCUACAGCCCAAAGUGGACACCUAGGUUCUACAACCCAGAGUGGACACCUAGGUUCUACAGCCCAGAGUGGACACCUAGGCUCUACAGCCCAGAGUGGACACCUAGGCUCUACAGCCCAGAGUGGACACCUAGGUUCUACAGCCCAGAGUGGACACCUAGGCUCUACAGCCCAAAGUGGACACCUAGGUUCUACAACCCAGAGUGGACACCUAGGCUCUACAGCCCAAAGUGGACACCUAGGUUCUUCAGCCCACAGUGGACACCAAGACUCUACAGCUCAGAGUGGACACCUAGGUUCUACAGCCCAGAGUGGACACCUAGGCUCUACAGCCCAAAGUGGACACCUAGGUUCUACAACCCAGAGUGGACACCUAGGUUCUACAGCCCAGAGUGGACACCAAGGCUCUACAGCCCAGAGUGGAGACCUAGGCUCUACAGCCCAGAGUGGACACCUAGGCUCUACAGCCCAGAGUGGACACCUAGGUUCUACAGCCCAGAGUGGACACCAAGGCUCUACAGCCCAGAGUGGACACCUAGGUUCUUCAGCCCACAGUGGACACCAAGACUCUACAGCUCAGAGUGGACACCUAGGUUCUACAGCCCAGAGUGGACACCUAGGCUCUACAGCCCAAAGUGGACACCUAGGUUCUACAACCCAGAGUGGACACCUAGGUUCUACAGCCCAGAGUGGACACCUAGGCUCUACAGCCCAGAGUGGACACCAAGGCUCUACAGCCCAGAGUGGACACCAAGGCUCUACAGCCCAGAGUGGACACCUAGGCUCUACAGCCCAGAGUGGACACCUAGGUUCUACAGCCCAGAGUGGACACCUAGGCUCUACAGCCCAAAGUGGACACCUAGGUUCUACAACCCAGAGUGGACACCAAGGCUCUACAGCCCAGAGUGGACACCUGGGGUAA